UGUAAAUAAUAUCUAAUAUCCAAUAAAAUAUGGAAAAUAAAUGUAUUUUUGCCAACAAAACUGUGUUCAUCAAUGGCGGCACUCGCGGUAUCGGCAAAGCUAUCGGUCUAAAACUGGCCAAAGACGGAGCCAAUGUUGUUAUUGCUGGGAAAACAGUUGCCAAACAUCCGAAACUCGACGGAACCAUCUAUACGGCCGUAGAGGAAGUCAAUUCAGUCGGCGGUAAAGGUCUGGCCGUUAAGUGUGACGUCCGCAGCGAACAGGACGUCAUCGAUGCCAUCGACCGGACUGUCCGGGAGUUUGGCGGCAUUGAUGUCAUCAUCAAUAAUGCCAGUGCUGUAUAUCUUACAGAUACGGAACAGACAUCUAUGAAAAGUUACGAUUUGAUGCAAUCAGUGAUAACCAGAGGAUCAUUCCUGGUGUCCAAGUAUGCCAUACCGUAUCUGAAGUUGAGCUCAAAUCCGCAUAUAUUGAACAUAUGUCCGCCAAUUGAUUCGUUGGCCACUAAAUGGUUGGCACCGCACUUGGCCUAUACUGUAGCCAAAUAUGGUCAGUCAAUGAUGACAAUGGGAUUGGCCAGCGAACUGAGCAAAUAUGGUAUAGCGGUAAACGGUCUGUGGCCGCGUACUAUCAUAUGGACGUCAGCGUUCAACGUACUCGGCAACGGCAGCAAGAGUACGGCCCGCUAUUGUCGCAAACCCGACAUUAUGGCCGACGCGGCCUACGCUAUGUUAGCCAAAGACGCCAAACUGUUUACCGGUCGGUUCGCGGUCGACGAACAGUUGCUACGUGAGGAAGGCCUGACCGAUAUGGACCAGUACGCCAUCCAAACGGACAGUCCGCUAGUAUUGGACUUUUUUCUAACCGACAAUUUGCUGACCGGCGACAAUGUGGUCGACAGUUCAGUAAUCGGAAUUAUUUUUGCCAACAAAACUGUGUUCAUCAAUGGCGGCACUCGCGGUAUCGGCAAAGCUAUCGGACUAAAACUGGCCAAAGACGGAGCCAAUGUUGUUAUUGCCGGGAAAACAGUUGCCAAACAUCCGAAACUCGACGGAACCAUAUAUACGGCCGCAGAGGAAGUCAAUUCAGUCGGCGGUAAAGGUCUGGCCGUUAAGUGUGACGUCCGGAGCGAACAGGACGUCAUCGAUGCCAUCGACCGGACUGUCCGGGAGUUCGGCGGUAUUGAUGUGGUCAUCAACAAUGCCAGUGCUAUCUGUCUAACAGAUACGGAACAGACAUCAAUGAAAAGUUACGAUUUGAUGCAUUCAGUGAUAACCAGAGGAUCAUUCCUGGUGUCCAAGUAUGCCAUACCGUAUCUGAAGUUGAGCUCAAAUCCGCAUAUAUUGAACAUAUGUCCACCGAUUGAUUCGUUGGCCAGUAAAUGGUUGGCACCGCACUUGGCCUACACUGUAGCCAAAUAUGGUCAAUCAAUGAUAACAAUGGGUUUGGCCAGCGAAUUGGCCGAAUAUGGUAUAGCGGUCAACGGUCUGUGGCCGCGUACUAUGAUAUGGACAUCUGUGUUCAAUAUAGUAGGUACUGGUGGUCACAGUACGGCCCGGUAUUGUCGCAAACCCGACAUUAUGGCCGACGCGGCCUACGCUAUGUUGGCCAAAGACGCCAAACUGUUUACCGGUCGGUUCGCGGUCGACGAACAGUUGCUACGCGACGAAGGCCUGACCGAUAUGGACCAGUACGCCAUCCAAACGGACAGUCCGCUAGUAUUGGACUUUUUUCUAACCGACAAUUUGCUGACCGGCGACAAUGUGGUCGACAGUUCGGUAAUCGGAAUGUCCAGCUAUAAGGACAGUUAG